AUGCCUCCACUCACGCUCAUCGGCGGCCGCACGCUUCAUCGCAGCUCGUCGCCGGCCGCACGCUUCAUCGCAGCUCGUCGCCGGCCGCACGCUUCAUCGCAGCUCGUCGCCGGCCGCACGCUUCAUCGCAGCUCGUCGGCGGCCGCACGCUUCAUCGCAGCUCGUCGGCGGCCGCACGCUUCAUCGCAGCUCGUCGGCGGCCGCACGCUUCAUCGCAGCUCGUCGGCGGCCGCACGCUUCAUCGCAGCACGUCGGCGGCCGCACGCUUCAUCGCAGCACGUCGGCGGCCGCACGCUUCAUCGCCGUACGUCGGUCGGUGCACGCUUCUACGCCGGUAGAACGCUUCUAACGCCACCACGCUUCGACGCCACCACGCUUCGACGGCCCCACGCUUCGACGACUCCACGCUUCGACGACGCCACGCUUCGACGGCCCCACACUUUGACGACGCCACGCUUCGACGGCCCCACGUGGGUGGCCCCACGCUUCGACGACGCCACGCUUCGACGCCACGCUUCGACGCCACGCUUCGACGCCACGCUUCGACGCCACGCUUCGACGCCACGCUUCAACGGCCCCACGUGGGUGGCCCCACGCUUCGACGACGCCACGUGGGUGGCCCCACGCUUCGACGACGCCACGUGGGUGGCCCCACGCUUCGACGACGCCACGUGGGUGGCCCCGCGCUUCGACGACGCCACGUGGGUGGCCCCACGCUUCGACGACGCCACGUGGGUGGCCUCACGCUUCAACGACGCCACGUGGGUGGCCCCACGCUUCGACGCCACGUGGGUGGCCCCACGCUUCGACGACGCCACCUACAAUCAAAACUGGACAUCGAUCCUCCUUUCCAUCAAUGUCGCCAUGGCAGCUGAAAUCCCCUUCCCCUCACCAAUCUGCAGCUGA